CCGUCGUUUAGUGAAUGAACGCACAGACUCCCACGUGGCAGUUGACACUCCAACAACAGCGACUACAGUUUGUUUAUCAAUUUUCUCUGAGAAAUCACUACAAAAGACGACUUACGAUUUACCAAGCGGCAAAAUGCAUCAUGUUAUGGGUGGAAUCAGCUGUUUCCUUUGGCUAUGUAUGUUAGGUGUUCUGGCAAAGAGAACUUUUCAAGAAAGCAGUCCUACACUAAAAGACGUGAUGGAAAAAAUUGAAGAACAGGAACAACAAAAAAGAAACUGGAAUAGUCUUACUGGAAUGUGGGGUAAGAGAAGCUGGAACAGUCUCUCUAAUAUCGUGGAUAAGCGUGGCUGGAAAGACUUGUCAGGAAUGUGGGACAAACGAAGCUGGGAAAAUCUUCCUGACUUCAUAGACAAGAGAGGCCAAAUUGACUUAUCAGAGUCAGGCAAACGAGACUGGAAUGGCUUAUCAGGAAUGUGGGGUAAACGAGACUGGAAUGACCUAUCAGGGAUGUGGGGGAAACGAGGUUGGAACGACUUAUCAGGAAUGUGGGGAAAACGAAGUCCAGAUUUCAACACAAACUGGCACAUUCUUACAAAUGAUGACGCUAAUUACAUGAAAGAAAAGUCAGCAAUGCGAGAACCACAGAGGAGAGACUCAACGACCAAGAUUUUACUGGAAGAUUAACUGACGUUAAGUUUCUUGCUUUAUUUUACGAAGGAAAUUGACUUCUUAACACAAUAGAACUCUUUAGAUCUCUCAACAUAUCUUAUCUCUUAGGUUUUUGAUUAGACAUAAUUAUGGGGCUCAAAUAUUGCUUUUUAUUGGCGUAAAUGUCUUUUAUUUCUUGCUGUUGAUGCACGAAAUAUCUUGUUUUACAAUCAGGCAAUACUAGAUGUUGUAGCCUCUGUCUAGAUAUCUACGUCUUUAAUAAACUUCAUGCAUUGCGGGAGAAACAUUGAACAGUUAAACCUAAACUCUCGUGAGUAACAUUUGUUUGAGAUUAUUAAUAAAAUAUGGGCUGAAGAUAGAAAAAAUAAAAUUAUCGUAAAUCA